AUGAGUGCAGAAGUGGCUGUGUCUGAGGCUGCCGGCGGGGAGAUGGAGGCCCUGUGCUCGGAGCUGCUCCUGCCUACACCGGGAGAGGCAGGAGCUGUGGGAAGCCCUGGUGUGGCCAGCACCAGCCUGGCUGUGGCACCCCCGCUGACAGCCAGCCGGGACUUGCUGCUGGCAGAGGCGUCAAUGCCUGGGGAAGGGGCUCACGCUGAAGGAGGCAAUGUGGAAAUAUUCAUCGAAGCUGUGGCCGGCAACGUGACGCUGAGCAACACGGCCAAUGCCACAGAGGUGCUGGUCAAGGUGGUGGAGCUGUAUUUCUGCGAGAGGUGCGGCCAGAGCUUCCCAGAGGCCUCCCUGCUGUCCCAGCACCAGUGCCUGCUGCUGGCCCCCCCAGGGCACCUGGAGCUCCCUGGGGCGCUGUCGGCUUCUGCCAGCGAGGGCCAGAGUGAGCCAGAGGGCUCGGAGCCACCCGGAGCUGGUGCACAGCAGGGCUCUGCUCCCGAGCGCCUGCUGUGCCCCGUCUGCCACGAGGCGUUUGCACAGCCCGGCGAACUCAAGGAGCACUUCAAGACCCACCGCGCCCUGCCAGGAGCCCUGUCCUGCCCCGAGAAGGGCUGCCGCUUUGCCACGGAGGACCGCAAGCAACUGCGUGGCCACCUGCGCCGCCUGCACGGGGCCUCCCCCGUGUCCUGCGCCUACCGUGCCUGCCCCCUGCUCUUCCCCAGCCGUCCGGCCAUGGAGCGGCACCACCGCACCCACUUUCCCUUCCACUGCAGCCGCUGCGACUUUGUCACAGCCAAUGCCAAGCUCUUCUGGCAGCACAGGAAGGGCCACGCUGCGGAUCCCCCUGCAGAGACGCCCGCGACAGGCGGACCACCCGGCUCAACCCCCCACGGCCUCGAGCAGCGCUGCGUCCUGCCGUCGGCAGCAGCAGAAGGGCAGGAGGAGGCAGGGAAUUGCCACCCUGGCUGGGAAGCCACCACAGCGGAAGCCAGGCUGGCAAAGCCCGCAGGCACCAGGGAGGGCUCCUUGGAGGGGCAGAAGGUGUCAGCUGGAGAAGAGGAGUUGGACAGCGGCGGGGACGAGUCACCCGAGGAGGAUGGCGAGAGCCCCUGCGAAGGCGAGGCCAAAGAGGACGGGAAGGCAGCUCCCAAGAAAGCCAGAGUGCCGCGGGCACAGCCCUUCAAAGGGGACGUCGCAGAGGGCUCCGAGUACCUCUACAAAACCCACAUGUGCCCCGAAUGCAAGCGAUGCUUCAAGAAGCGGACGCACCUGGUGGAGCACCUCCACUUGCACUUCCCUGACCCCAGCCUGCAGUGCCCCAACUGCCACAAGUACUUCACCAGCAAAAGCAAGCUGAAAAUCCACAUGAUGCGGGAGACGGGCGAGAAGGCCCACCGCUGCCCGCUCUGCCACUACAGCUCAGUGGAGAAGAAUGCCCUCAACCGCCACAUGGCCAGCAUGCACGAGGACAUCUCUAACUUCUACUCCGAUGUUUACUCCUGCCCCGUCUGCGAGGAGAAGUUUCGGCUCAGCCAGGCCCUCAAAGAGCACUUGAAGACUCACAAAGCCGAGCCCAAGAGGCUGAGCUGCUUCCAGGGGGGUUGCAACUACUGUGCGGAGGACCGGAAGGAGUUUGUCCGUCACCUCAAGGAUGCUCACGGCAUCAAGGCAGUGGAGUGCAAGUACCACGCCUGCUCGCUGCUCUUUGGCACGGCCGAGGCCAUGGAGGCUCACCGAAAAACCCACUACGCCUUCCACUGCCAGCAGUGCGACUUCAUCUGCUCCAACAAGCAUGUUUUCCGCAAGCACAAGAAGCAGGGACACCCGGGCAGCGAGCAGCUCCAGUGCAGCUUCUGCCCCUAUGCCACUUUCAACCCCGUGGAGUUUCAUGACCAUGUGGGCAAGAUGCACGCCAACGAGAAGAUCCACAAGUGCACCGAGUGCGCCUUUGCCACCGCGCACAAGAGGGUGCUCAUCCGGCACAUGCUGCUGCACACCGGAGAGAAACCUCACAAGUGUGAGCUCUGCGACUUCACGUGCCGGGAUGUGAGCUACCUGUCCAAGCACAUGCUGACCCACUCCAACGACAAGAACUUCAUGUGCACCGAGUGCGGGUACAUCACCAAGUGGAAGCACUACCUGAACGUCCACAUGCGCAAGCACACCGGAGAUCUGCGGUACCAGUGCAACCAGUGCUCCUACCGUUGCCACCGUGCCGACCAGCUGAGCAGCCACAAGCUGCGGCACCAGGGCAAAAGUCUGAUCUGCGAAGUGUGCGGCUUCGCUUGUAAGCGCAAGUACGAGCUGCAGAAGCACAUGCAGGCGAAGCACUCACAGAACUACCAAGUGCCCAUCUUCCAGUGCCAGUACUGCACCUACCAGACCAAGUACAAGCAGGCGCUGCUGAACCAUGAGAACUGCAAGCACACCAAGCAGAAGGAAUUUCGCUGCGCCCUCUGCUCCUACUGCACCUUCAGCAACACCAGCCUCUUCUUCCACAAGCGUAAGAUUCAUGGCUACGUCCCCGGUGACAAGGACUGGCUAGAAAACUAUGCCAGCAAGGAGCUGGAGAUCAGCUCAUCCGAGGCGCUCUUCAGCUACGAGCUCGGCACAGCCCUGCGUGUGGAUGCCAGCUCCCCCCUUGCCGGCAAGGAGCAGUGGGCAAAGGCGAAGCCGUCCCAGCUGGAGUCCCAGGGGGAAGAGGGCUACCAGCAAGCAUUUGUGGUGGCCCUCCUUGGGCAGGGUGCCCCUCCGCUGGAGAGCGGUGGCGAGGCGGAGGGAGGUGUGGGCAAGGGGGAGCAGAGCCGUCCCACUGCCGGCGAUACCCUUGGAGAUGACUGCGUGCAAGGAGAUGCUGCCGCAGGCUCGACUGAGCUCGCUGCUUCUGGGGACGUGGUGGAGAGCUGCACAUUGCACUUGGAGGCGCUGAAUGUCUCGUCUGGCCCCCUCCUGGAGCAUUUGACUGGAGAAGCCUGCAUGGCACAGCCGAAGAGCAUGGAAAUGCUGUCCUGCAAGGAGCCUCCCACAGCCUACGAGAUGCUGGGCUCCCAGGAUGACCUUGGCUUGGAGGACAAUGACAAUACGCUCGAAGAUAUCCCGGACUUUGAGGAAGAAGAGGCAGAUGUACAGGAGGAUGAGGCAGCGAGGCUGGAGGACAGGGUAGCAGCAGGAGACAGCCAGGGAAAAGACUCCCUACAGCAAGCCACGGGCCACCUCGAGGGGUCAUGCUCAGACCACCACAAGCUGGUGGCAGACACCGAGAUGAGAGAGACCAGCCAAGCCGAGCUGCCGGAGGCCUGGCUCAGUGUGCUGAAGACAGCUGAGCAGAGCCACCCGCCUGUCCCAGAGGACGUGGCCACCUCUGAUGAUGACGCCAGAGGCGGCUCGGAGUCAGUGCUGAAGGCACUGCGGAAGCAGGACAAGGAGCAAGCGGAGACGCUGGUGCUGGAGGGCAGGGUGCAGAUGCUGGUGGUGCAGUCAGAGAGCCAGAUCUUUAAGUGUGAGAAGUGCUCGUACAUCACGCGGAAGGAGAAGUCCAUGUCCCUGCACUCCAAGGCCAGCUGCCAGAGCCGCCGGGCCCCGCUCGUGUGCCGUGAGUGCGGUGCCAGCUUUAAGCAGCAAAGGGGGCUUAACACCCAUCUCCUCAAGAAGUGCCCGGUCCUCCUGAAGAAGAACAGGAUCCUCAGACCAGCUGGUCAGGAGCCACCUGGGUUGUGCCAACCUGCUGACCCUCCUGGUGAUAACGGUACAGAAACGGCAGAGAGCGAGAGGGGAGGCUUGGAGGAGUCUGGGCAUGCUGAGAGCCCCUGGGAAGCUGAACUGCUGCCUGAUAAAACGCAGGCAGCAGGCAGUCCUUUGGCUGGGGAACGGGCCUCGGGCUGUCCUGCCCUUGAGAAAUCCCUGCUGGGUGACAGCACAGAGUUGGCAGAAGAGCCUCCCCAGCAAGCAGCUGGAGCUGCUUGUCCCCCCCAGCUUGGGAAACCCUUGGAGAAAUACCGGCUGGAGGGAGGGAAGCUGCACUGCAAUGCCUGCUCCUUCGUGUGCUCCCGUGUCUCCACCAUCACCUCCCACGUGGAGGACGGGUGCCGGAGCCUGGAGCAGUUCUGGUGCUCCCUGUGCCCUGAGGCCUUCCGCUCCCGGCGGGCCCUCAAGAGUCACUGUGCCGAGAAGCACAUCGUGCAUCCUGAGGAGGAUGGACCCCAAAGCACCGAGCUCCCUGAAGGGGACCCAGCCAGUGUUGAGACGGGCCAGCCCAGUGAGCCCCCCCUGAAUGCAGCCCCCCCAAAAUCCACCCUGCCCAAGAGAAGGCGUUUCUCCUGCCCCACCUGCCCCUUCACCUGCCACCAGGAACGGGCCAUGAAGACGCACAAGAAGAGGGGCUGCGUGGCUCUGGGCGAGUUUCGCUGCACCUCCUGCCCCUUCACCUCCAAGGUGGCCAAAGCCCUGCGGCUGCACCGUAAGCUGCACCGCAAGCACUACAGCAAGCGGCCACAGCUGCAGUGCCGCCAGUGCGAUUUCACCUGCAAGCAAGCCCGCUGCCUGCGGCAGCACAUCCGCAUCAAGCACGAAGGGGUGAAACCGCACAAGUGCCGCUACUGCGAGUUCAGCACCACGCGGCGCUACCGCCUGGAGGCCCACCAGUCCCUGCACACCGGCGUGGGGCGCAUCGCCUGCGGCAUCUGCAGCCAGACCUUCGGCACCAACUCCAAGCUGCGCAUCCACCGCCUGCGGGUGCACGAGAAGACGCCCACCCACUUCUGCCCGCUCUGUGACUACAGCAGCUACCUGCAGAACGACAUCACCCGCCACGUCAACAGCUGCCACCGCGGCGAGCUCAACUUCGGCUGCUCCCGCUGUGAGGCUCGCUUCAGCUCCGAGACGGCCCUCAAGCAGCAUGUCCUGCGGCGGCACGAGGAGAAGGUGUCCUACGGCUGCCCGCGCUGCGGCUUCGUGUGCCACAGCGAGGCCACGCUCAAGUGCCACGUGCAGAAGCAGCACCCGCACCUGGAGUGCAGCACCUGCAAGGAGACCUUCCCCACCCGGGAGGCGCUGGAGGAGCACAAGACGCAGCAUUUCAGCCACCGCUGUGAGCUGUGCAGCUUUGCAGCCAAGGAGCGGCAGCAGCUGGUGCGGCAUUACGUGGAAAGCCACGAGCCGGCCGCCCCCCAGGACAAACCCCUGCGGUGCCCCUUCUGCGACUUCGCCUGCUGCCACCAGCUCGUCUUCGACCAGCAUAUGAAGGGCCAUGGGGGCACCCGCGUGUACAAGUGCUCGGACUGCGAGUACACCACCAAGAACAGGCAGAAGAUCACAUGGCACAUCCGCAUCCACACUGGCGAGAAGCCCUACAAGUGCCACCUCUGUAAAUACGCCUGCGCCGACCCCUCGCGUCUCAAGUACCACAUGCGGAUCCACAAGGAGGAGCGGAAAUACCUCUGCCCUGACUGUGGCUACAAGUGCAAGUGGGUGAACCAGCUCAAGUACCACAUGACGAAGCACACGGGCCUGAAGCCGUACCGCUGCGAUGAGUGCGAGUACCGCACCAACCGGGCAGAUGCCCUGCGGGUGCACAAGGAGACGCGGCACCGGGAGGCCCGCUCCUUCAUCUGCGAGCAGUGCGGCAAGGCCUUCAAGACCCGCUUCCUCCUCAAGACCCACCUCAAGAAGCACAGUGAGGAGAAGCCCUACGUCUGCAACGCCUGCGGGCGAGCUUUCCGCUGGGCGGCCGGCCUGCGCCACCAUUACCUGACCCACACCAACGAGCACCCCUUCUUCUGCCGCUACUGCCCCUACAAGGCCAAGCAGAAGUUCCAGGUCAUCAAACACAUCCAGCGGCAUCACCCCGAGCGUGGGGCUGGGGACCCCGGCCAGGGGGUGGGCAAGGACCCCAGCACGCCCACCGUCCACCUCCACGCUGUGCAGAGGGAGAGGCGGGCCGAGGGGCCCCCCGGGACCGAGCAGGAAGGAGGGUGCCCCGUGGAGAAGGAUGGCGCUUCGCAGUGA